AUGGCAAUGAACAUGACCUUCCCGGAGUCUUUGCUGUGGCAAGGCCGAGCGAGCCGAGGGUACUGGAUAACGACUGCCCGCAAGGCUGCGACCUCGCUUCCGCUGAGGAAAAAGCUGGCGGCGGUGGCGAUAGCAGGGCAAUUCCCUGUCCGUAGAAGCCGGCCCUUGCGCUGGAGAGCCAUUAGUCCGUCUAAUGACAAAGUGGAUAGACGAGCAAGCGUGAUCACGCCUUCAUGUGCGUUAAGGACUAGGUUGAAAGCAGAGAAGCUAAGUUCCUUGGAGUCAUACCUCAACGCAGUCCGCAAUUCCUCAAUUGUCAAGAUCUAG